CAUAAACCUGAGCUCUCCGGCAUUUCUCUCCAGUCGGACCGUGAGAGUGGAGUGCGCCGCCGGAUGUACAAACUUUAUCCCCUUCCAUUGAAAACAUCGCAUGGCCAUGGAGUGCCUCAAAGACUGCUGCAAAAACUUCAUUAGGAAGAAGGGGAAGGAGCAGGAGACCCAAGUGAUCGCACUGAAGAUGCCUCCUAAGAAGGCAGCGGCCUCAGGAUGGGAGCCGGAUGAAGGGAGAACGGGGGUUACAGAAGACUACCUCCUGUCCAAGCUGCCCCCGGAUGGCAGGGAGGUGCCGUUUGUCCUGCCCACCUUCAAGGCCUCCUUCAUCCAACCCAGAGGCUCCCGCUAUCCCAAUUUACAGUCUGGGCCGCAGAGUUCAGCCCGGUGCACGUACGCAGAGAGGAAAGCAGAGCUGCUGGGCUCCAGUCACUUCACCUACAACCCAGAGUCCAGCUUCCAUCAGGGCCAGUGGACUGAGUGCAUCUACCCCGGAUCCCCCCGCCGAGACACACAGAAGAACAGAGACUCCGGUCCCCAAAGUCCAGGUUGGCCUCUGAAGCCGGGCGGCGAGCAGCGACUGAGCAGCUCCAUGUUGGAUCUCUCCGGGCCUCACAUGCAGCGCUUCGACUCUGUCUCCAGCGUCCCCAGCAGCACGUCCUCCAUGAUUGGCUCCAUUGAAAGCAGCCUGGACUCCAUCACCCUGUCUGGGGAUGAGCGCGAGUUGGGGAAGGUGUGCGUCCGAGUGAACUACCAGGAGGCUCUGGAGCAGGUGUGGAUCACUGUGGUUCAGUGUUCAGACCUCAACGUUGGUCCGGAUGGAGUGGAACAACAAAAGGUUGGAUUUAAAGGGAUCAUCACCAUCCCCAAACCGAUACAGUUCAAGAGCUCGAUUAAGGAUUGCUGUCAGGAUGUAUCCUUCAUGGAGACCUUUGUGUUUGCGCUGCGUCUCCAGCAGUUGCGCUGCAGUGCUUUGGUACUGCGCCUGCAGACGCACAUCCCAAAGAAACGUACGAUGGCGGAGUGCGUCCUGUCCCUACGGCAGCUCGGUCCUCAGGAGACAGAGCACUGGCUGGAGCUCAACUUCCCGUCCAAAUCCUCUGUGUGCCACGCCGAGCUGCAUCUCGCCACCUGCUUUCAGCCAGUCAAUGGACGCAUCCAGCUCCAGGUCCUCGCCGCCCAAAACCUCCCAGCAUCCUCCUCACCACUCACCCAAGCGUUUUUUGUCAAAGUGGAGAUGCACCAGUUGGGACAGGUGGUGAUGAAGAAGAAGACUCGUGUCCUGAAGGCGUCGGGGGGUCAGUGUAGGUGGACGGAGACGUUUCACUUCCUCCUGGCUGCGUUUGACCACGCCUGCUCGCUGUCAGUCAAACUGUACAGCCGGAGCUCGGUCGGGAGGAAACAGUCCCUCGGACAGGUUGAGCUGGGAUUCGACAGCCCUGUCCCAGAAGCAGUGGAGCAGUGGAAGGAUACGAUGGCUCACCCAGAGAAAGUGGUGACAUCAUGGUACCGGCUGAGCGCUGCUUAAACCUCUUCUCCUAACGUCUUCUUUACGCACCACAGACACGAUGCUCUCGUGCUGCACGUCCAGCUGUGCCUGCUUGCUUUUCCAGUCGCCCGGCCACAGUCUUGUACGAUAGCUGAGUCAACCCUGACGGAUCGGACUGUAAAGUACUGAUCGUGCUCUGAAUGCCCUGAGAGACCAGAUUUCCACUGUUCAGGUGCUAAGUUGUAGAGAGGGAUUUCGAACAAAGUGUAAUUGCUGGAAAUGUGUUUUUUUUUUUUUGUGUAGACAAAAUUUAUUAUUUUCUUCUUAAAAAAAACUGUAGAGCAUGUGCCUAACCUUAGUCUGCUGCAUGGCAUUUAGCUGUAUAUAAUGCUGUAUUUUGUAACUGAAAUGCAUUUUUAGUGAAAACCUUGUCACUCUGUUUCAGUUGGAUAGAAAGUUUACAAGCAGAGAAAGUCACCAUAAAGCCAAAGUUAUUGUAUUGAAAACGUUAUGUUAUCAGUCUGUUAUUAAAGUGAUGGUUCGGAGUAAUUUCACCCAAGGGUCGUUUG